CCCCGUACUCUCAAAAUCCUAGCAGCCUCUCACCGACUCACCCUUGUCUUGCGGCGGCGCCGCGAGCAGCCCUCCCUCCCUGUGGUCCAUCUCGCUGCCGAGCGCCCCAGCCCCCCUCGCUCCGUAGCUCGUCUUCCUUCUCGCGCGAGCGCCGCCACCCCUCCCUCCCCAUCCUGCUGCCGAAUGCCCCAGCCCCCUCGCUCCGUCGCUCGUCUUCCUCCUCGCGCGAGCGCCGCCACCCAUCCCUCCCCGUCCCGGCGCCGAGCGCCCCAGUCCCCUCGCUCGUCUUCCUCCUCGCGCGAGCGCUGCCACCGCAGGUAUCUUCCCCUCGAUUCUCUCGCUCCCGACCGUUUCUCCUCCCAUUACCCCACGAACGGAUUCCGCCAUUUAGCUCACAGUUUCAUCCCCUUAAUCUUCCCAAAUUCGCAACCGAGGCAAAAAUCAAGAAGUUGUGCUCCCAUGGCGACAUCAGACGAACAAGCUAAGGAUUAUGCUGAUUUCGAUGCGAGGGUCAAGAGAACGAUAUAUAUCGAUCAUCUCUCUCCUCUUGUUACUAAAGAAGUCAUCAAAGCAGCUCUUGCUCAGUGUGCAAAUGUUGUCAGUUCGGAGUUCAUUGUGAACUACACAAUCCCGUAUGAUAUCCCUUCCGCUGCAUUGGUGGAAUUGGAUGAUGAGUCUCAAGCCAAGGCUGCUGUAGACUUGAUGAAUGAUUUCCCUUUCAUAAUUGGUGGAAUGCCGAGGCCUGUAAGAGCCACCUAUGCAAAGCCUGAGAUGUUUCGGGAUCGCCCUCUUCGGCCUGGCUUGAAGAUGGAAUUCCGGUGGGUAAAACAAGGUGAUCCAGAGUAUGACGGGAUGAAUAAACUGAAGAUCCUUGCAAAGAGGCAAGAUGCAGAAAAUAUGGCACUCAUCAAGAAUAAUCUAGAAGAGGAACAGGAGCUGGCAAAGCAGCAGCAGGAAACACUUGAUGGAAACUACAAGAAGUACGACAUGCUUGAGACUAUCAUGCAAAGUGGGAACAUUCAGAACCUUGCUCAGCAUUAUAAGGUCAAUCUGUCUGACACUUGAUCAAUUUCGCCAGUCCAUGAAACGGCUAUGGAGAUUGAAGCCCCAAUGCAAGCUACGGAACUUUCCGUGGAAUUCCAGCCAUAACUGGUGUGAUGGUUGAAUAGUAAUAAUCCAUUGACUAGUUUGACACGGGCGUGCUCUGCUUGUGGCGAGCUGCAUCUUCUGUGUAAAAGUAGUGGUUCCUUAGUGUUACAGCUGUUAGUGCAUUAUGACAUGUUCACGUUGUUCUUAGUGUAAUCCGUGUAUGAUGUGCAAGUUUAACGUCUUAUCGAGAUGACACAACGAUGUCUGAUACCUGUCCGUGUCAUGCAUGAUGUGAAACUUCCAUAUCAGAGACGUGAUGAUCCCAUGGAACCAAUCUGCUAUAUUUUCUGCAGUUUUGUCGAUCGCUUGA